GCCGGAGGGAGGCUGCCGGGGCCAGCGCAGCCUUGCAGAGCACCACGGAGCCAAUCGCUGCUGCUAGGGGUGGAGCUGGAGCUCCAGCAGAUGAAACCGAGUGCCUUUCCAGCACAGUUGGUCUGGGCGACUGAGAGAUCUGUUCGUGGGGAGAGGAAAGCCGGGACUGCGGCUCCGACGCGCUCCUAUCCCAGCAGCACCGCAGGAGCGGCCGUUACCCUCUGCACAUCGGAGACGCGAAGAUGAAAUCUUCUGACAUUGACCAGGAGUUGUUCACUGAAAGUUACUGCAGAGUGUGCAGCGCGCAGCUGAUAUCCGAGUCCCAGCGCGUGGCUCACUAUGAGAGUCGGAAACACGCCAGCAAAGUUCGCCUCUAUUACAUGCUUCACCCCAUCGAUGGAGGCUGUCCAGCCAAAAAACUCCGCUCAGAAAACGGCAGCGACGGUGACUCGGUGGAUAAGAACAAAUGCUGCACGCUAUGUAACAUGUCCUUUACCUCAGCAGUGGUGGCUGAAUCGCAUUACCAAGGGAAAAUCCAUGCCAAAAGGUUAAAGCUGUUGCUAGGUGAGCCACCGGCGCUGAAGGCCACAGAGACCUUGGGCUCACUGAAGCAGCCCCGCGUGGAUCGGCCUCCAGCAGCAUCCCCACCUCAGCCACGCAGGGAUUCGGAUCGCUACUGCCAGCUGUGUGCUGCGUGGUUCAACAACCCCGUGAUGGCCCAGCAGCAUUAUGAUGGCAAGAAGCACAAGAAGAACGCGGCCAGGGCUGAGCUGCUGGAACAGCUGGGGAAGACGCUGGACCUGGGCGAGCUGCGAGGCCUGAAGCGCAGCUACACGUGCAACAUCUGCAACGUCACACUGAACUCCAUAGAGCAGUACCACGCGCACCUGAAGGGCUCCAAGCAUCAGACCAACCUGAAGAAUCAGUAGCAGUGCAUGGGAUUGGAGCGAGGAAAAGCACUGAGGCCUCACCUGCAGGGAGGAAGGCUGCUAUCCUGGACACUGACUCCAUGCAGUGGAUGACUGACACGUAAUUAACCCUCGCUUUGGACAGAUACACGGAUCUUAUUGUUAUUAUUAUUAUUAUUAUUAUUAAUUUUUUUUUUUUUUAAUUUUGUGGUGAGUUAAAAAAUAUUUCAAUGGAUUUUUUUUUACCCUUUCAAGAUAAUAUUUAUUCAGCACAGAGUUUAGAGAAUGAUAACUAUCCUGUAAAUACGGCGCUUACUCAUCACUCAUCGCCACAGACAGAAGAAAGGAACUAUUUUACUUUUUUCAUAUUUAUUCUUAGAUUUCUUCCGAGAGUAUAAAAAUAUUCUAUUGCAUUAAUCCACGGUAGUGAUGUAAUCAGCCUCCAACCAGAAAUAAACACGCUUCCUUCACCUUCUCCAGCAUGGUUUUGUUGCUGACACCUUGACAGCCAACAGUGAACCGCAGGGAUUGAAUAACAGAUGAAUGUUUUUCCUUUCCUCUUCGUCUUCAGAGAAACAAACGGUUCACUGAGUGGAGAAAGCUGAAGUGAAAGCAUAGGAUCCUUUCCCUGCCCUUAGGACUGCUGCUGGGUGGAUGGGAGCUGUCUGCCCUGCUGACUUUGGAUGCACAGCGAUGCUCGACACCCCUCGUUCUGCAGCAGGGCGGUGGGUGCCAAGCAGGGAGGCUGCCGUGGAGGCUGCUUGCAGGACAUGGAUGCAGGAGCCCUGUGGGGACAUUUCCCAGUGCCAGCUGCUCCAGAAAACCUCCUGGACCUGUCAGAGGGGCUGCGCAGCCAAGGCCCCAUGGUGGGGAGUGGGACCUUGAUAACAGGGAGGAAAAAGCCACAGAGGAUUGGAAAGAAAACAGUGCAACGGCCUCGGAUGUCCAGGAGGAGUGCUGUGCGGAUCCCAGCUGGGUCCUUAUCUGCAGCUCAUCUGCGAGGUGUGAACUCCUCACCUGUGUUGGAGUGAGCUGAGAUGUUAGUACCUACCCACUGGAAAUGAGGGGGUUUGGUGUUAGGCUCUCUGCUGCAGUCAGCAGAGAGGGAGCAGAUUUCUUGCCUAGCCUGCUGCAACACGGAGAACUGAGAUAACCAGGAUCAAAUUUGCAAGUAUGUCCUACAAGCAAUGCAGAGCAACCCUUGCUGUGCCCCCUGUUCUACCAGCUCCUUUAGUGCACUUUGCAUGCAGCGAACCUGCCUUGAGAAUGUUGGUAGAGAUUAAGCACCACCUCUUCCAGAGCAAUCUGGUUGGUUUGUAUAUCUGUAGUAGCACAAUCCUUCUGAGACUGCCCAUUUCCCUGCUUCUGCAUCUCCGAAAUAACAGGCUCUGACAUUUCCUCUUUGAGCACGCUCAACCAGAGGCUGCCUGCUGUCUUUGGAAGAGAAUGGUGAUGCCUACAGCUCCAUCAGUUCAUUUACCAGAAAUGCAGCAUCUCAAAGUGAGCCGGUGCCCCUCUCUGCUUGUUGGCUCUGCGUUGGGAAACUGAGUUUCACCCACAGGUUUGUGAAUUCUCUGCCUGGUGAACAAACUGUCCGUCGGUGGUUAAUCUGCAUCCUCCACCUGCUUCUGUGCACACUGGUAAAUCAAAGCAAAGGAAGGACGAGCUGCUCUGCAUUUCGGUGUUGAGCAGAGCUGUCUUUCAGAUGAGGGGCAGUUGGGCACAUCACCUGGAAAGCUGCAGCUGUGGUGCAAAUGUCAUUUGAUGUGUUCAUAGCAUCACUGCUGUCACUGUUUGUCUGCCGUGUGGUUGCUGGUAAGUCAGCAAGCUCGGUAGCAGAGGAUGCUGUGGGCAGUGCCUGCUUGUGGAGGAACAGCAAACAGUGUCACUGCUGCUGGCAGCUCUGCUCUUUGUGCCUCUCCCACUCUGGGAUGUUUGCUGCAGGGCUGUGCUGCUGCACCCGAUGGGCACUGCAAAGCUGCUCAGCUCUCCUCCCUUCUGGCAGUGCUGUGCCACCGGUUUUAAUUACUAUCUCACCUGGGACUCUGAAAUCCCUCACUACCUCGCUUACCUGUUUGAUGAAAGCAAACCCUCUUUUGUUGGUGAAAAUGAUUAUGUUACCUUGAGAAAGCAAUUAAAAGCCCGAGCUCCCCAGAUGUAUUUCUAAAGGACUCUUUGCAAAUCUUUGGGAGAGAAGAGAAAUAAUUCUCCUAAAUCAGGAGGCUGAUCAAUAACACACGUUGCUCUGCAGAAGGCUGUGUUUAUUUUGCCUGCCAGCAAUGGAACUCAAUAGACCCCCACCAGUUGAAGAAGACGAAAUGAGACCUCUGUGGUUUUGCAUUGUGGGUUUCCUGUGUCUGUGUUUUUGGUUUUGCUCGUUUGUUUCUGUCAUAUGAAAUCUAUUGGUAAAUAAUGGGCAAUGAUCAGCACUUUAUUUUCAUUUGGCAUUUAAUCAAAGGGACAGGCUACAUCUGUACAAUAGCUGGGCUAAUUGCUCGACCAAACAGGACAAACCAUUGUUCAUCCUCGCGGCUGAUGGAAUAAAUAUGAAUAUGGUCGUGUUUGAUCAUAGAGAUUGCAAAGAAAAUGGGGCAAAGAGCCCAAUCCUCAGGUAAGGGGGCACAGAAGCAAAAUUCAGAUGGUGGAGGAAAAUGACUGCAUUGCUGAGGAGGACAGGAGUGCAGCCUUACAGCGUGACCUUUGGUGCUGUCACCUCUUCCCUGACUCCUGCUGUACUUCUGCCUUCAGCUGUGCAGAGGGAAAGGUUGGGAUGUGCUGCAGCAUGGAAUUGUUUACUCUCUGGGGUCAGUAGAAGUGCUAAAGAAGCUCUACAUGAUUAAUUUGUGCUCUUGCUUCAAUGCCUUUCGUGUGUGCAGGAGAAUGGGCUGUUUGCAGAUGAAUAAGCGUCUCCUUGGGUUCCAUAGCUAUGGGGCUCUUUCAUUUAUCGUGGUCUGGGUGAUAAUGUAAGGCAGUGUUUCUGAAAGCAAACUGCCUCUUGACAGGGGGAACGUGGUAAGGAAUACAGCACACCAUGCAGGCAGGUGGGGAAUUCUCUGAGCUCCUUCCCCCCUGCCCUCCUCCUCCUUCCACUUUGUGCUCAGGGUGCUGCAGAGGUGAUGCUGCCAAGAGAAAGGAGAAGUUCCUAACGUGUGUGCUCAGGUAAUCACAAUGAACUAAUGGCAGCAAAUUAAUCACAGCACAAACAUAAUUUCUUUUCCUGGGCAGGUGUGCAGACAGCUCUGCUCCUGCUGCAACGUGCUGGGCUGAGCAGCCAGGAUGGCCCUCUCUAGAUGUGUUGCCUGCCUGCAUGGCUGCAGGCUUUGGUCCCUAAAUCCUUCUAAUCUUUUCCUUUUCUGAAGUUCACUAGGCCUUCAAAGCAAGACAUAAAAAGACAAAUCUCCUGGUGGGAAGUCAGAGAUCCCUGCAGAACUGCCUCCAGACCACGUACUUUGCUCUGAUGUUGAGAUGGGUACAGCAUCCCAAGCUUAAAGGCUGUGCAGUUACAUCUGGGACCUUUGGCAAUGGAAGCAGUGAAACCCUUGCAUCCCUCAAGGUUAGUUUAAAUUGAGGGGUGAGGACUUUUGCUUAUAAUUUCUUCGUUAAAGCUACGCAGGCUGCAUUUUUUGUGCAGCACAGCGGAACAUUACAGGAGGUGAUUUUGCUCCGCUCAAACGUUUUUGCAGCUCAAAAUUCCACGUCCAAGUGUCAGGAAAGGUAAUAACCAUCAGUCUGGCUGCAUCACACACACACAUUCCUGCAGAGCAGUGUUAACAGGGCGCUGCUGGUGGCUGGAGGUGUGAUUCUAACACCAGAGCUGCGAUCCUGUAGAUGUGUUCCGCUCAAGUUCUGUAGCACACCCCAAUACAGUUCCUCAGGCUGUGAUGUGAAGCUGUCCAGUGAUGUCUCAGAGGGUCACAGGCUGCCUUCCUGUGCUGUUCUAUGCUCAGACACAUGACAGCACAAAUAAUGCAUGUUUUCUUAACUGGCUUCCCGUGUUAAGGCAAUAAAGCUCUAUGGCAACAGUCUGUACAGUGACUCUGCCCUGAGGCACACCGCUUGGUAGGAAGAAAUUAAUCAUGGGAGAAGAAUGCUCCCCGUGUGUAAAUGGUGCUUGCCUUGUUAAGUUCCUCUUGCAUCAGCCUCAUUAGCAAGCCCUGACCUUUUUCCACUCUCUUUGAGUUCUAUGAGUGAAGUCCCUCCUCCAGGCUGUGCCAGGUGCUCAAUGUGGUUCUUUGAGUCCUUCUGAGCUCCUGGUCCUCUCCCAUCACGAGAGCAGUUUGGAAUCUCUGUGUUUGCUGCAGUGAGAGGCAGAGAGAACCCAAUUUGGUUGUUAAAUAUUUGUGACCUAAAGAAAGAAAAAGCAAACAGGCAUUAACAUCCCAAUGCGUUCCCCACUUAUGUUACUGCACCCAAGACUUCAGGAGACCUUUUUUAGUCUAUUUCCAAUGUCAGAAUGGGGAUGAUGGAGGUAUUCCUGCUGUCCCAGCAAUGUUUCUCUUUGCCACAUGCUCUUCCAAGCUGCAGGGCUCUCCAGACAGAGCCACGUCCUGCACAUCAGAGGGCUCCAUUUGCAGAUCCUUGCCUGCAGGCGUUGCUGUGCUGAUGCUAACAGCUCCUUGACCAUCAGUUGAGGUUUGCCAUCCCAGGGCUGGCAAGUUUAAGCAGCAGCCCCUCCGUGGUCUGCUGCUCACUAAUCGAGCCUCGUGGUGUGCCUCACACAUCUCUGACACCAGCCUUUGUCUAAUAUGUUUUUAAUCAGUGUGUGCGUUUCAAUUUGCAUAUUAAUAGCAAGGAGAUGUUAUUGUACAGUGCUGUUAAUGAGGCGGCUGUCAUGCUCAGCCUUCAAGCUGAGCAGAGAAAGAAACCACGUCUAUUGUACAAGAGGUGCAAUUGCACAUGUUUUACCAUCUACCAUUCUCUAUUUAUCCCUGCCUUUCGUUUUCCUUAAUAUCCUCAGAGGGAUGUGUUCUUUUUUCUGCUUUUUUUUUUUCCCCCCCUGUGAACAAGCAUGAUUUAAAAGGAUUUUUGGCUGUUGUGACAGCUCCAAGCCAGCCUAAAUAUCACAUUUCUACUGGACAUUUUUGACUUGCAAAGGGGCAAAAGCUUGAUUUCUUUCUGCUUUCCCUGUCCCCUUCCUCAGCUCCUCCCCUGCUGUGUCAGAUAGCGCUGACAUUGCCAGGGCUCUGGAGUUUUGGGAGGUGAGUUUCUGCAUCUUGGUUUUGCUCUUCGCCUUCCUUCCCACUUGGCUCAGCAGGAAAAUGGCCCGAGGGCAAAAAGCCAGGAGUUAAAAGAGAGAAAUUCGAAAGAGAAAUGAAGGAAACUGGAAGCAGAAGAAAAAAACAAAAUCCAGAGGAAAAAGUGCAUCCCCAGCAGCCUGAGCCUUCUAAUUGCCAUUGGAGCUCCCUGGCAGGUGGAGGAAAAGCAAAUGUUUUGGGCCAGCAUGGGCUGGGUGCCGAGGAGCUUGCUGUGUGCUGCUGGGACUGAGCAGCAGCGUUCAGCCCGGCCCGCUUUUAGCAUCACUUCGUUUCCAACAUGCUCUCCUAAUCCGGGAUCAAAGCACGCAGUCAGCAAAAGGCAUUUUGGAAGGAGAACAGAGCUCUGUUUUCCAUCCGUCCCCCUCUGCCAACAAAGCUGUUCUUGCUGAGGAGCUCCCAGCACGGGGUGUGGGAUCCCACCGGCUUCUGGGAGCGGAUCUCUGCCCUCCUGCAAGGAGCAGAACUCAUAGAGAGCCCCGUGAGCAUCCCCUGUGCUGUGCAGAAUGGCAGCAUCAGGCACACAGCUGCAGAGCAGAGCAGGCACUGCUCACAGGGCUCUGCAAACACCGUGUGACAAUAUUUUGGAAGAAGAACCUCCCUGCUAGAUGGGAGGCAGUGCAGAAAUGAGGGGUUUUCAAUCACAGCAGCUCCACCAGAAAAGAAAUGCAGCUGCUGCUCUGAAAUCGGUCUGAAUCCUGCAGGCAUCCACUGCUGGGUGGACAAAAGUGAUGUGAGGUGGGAGAAAUCCCCGUCAGCGUUUGCUGCAGAGAAGGUGGAUGGAGUAAUGAGAGCAAGCAGAGGCGUGGGAUGGAUGUUUCACUCCAGAGCUCCAAUCCAUUUAUAUAAUCAUAGUUGUUAUCGCAGUAAAUGUAAAUAACUGAUUGAGUUCAAAUUCAGUGUUUGACGACGCUGAUUCUUUGUGAGUACACACUGAAUUCUUGGAGAAUUACUUUAUUUCAUCAGAUAGACCCACAGUGUGUUCAACAGCCCUUUAGGCAUUUAGGUAGGACCAUACUCUGUGAUUUUUCUUGCUCUCCAAAGCAUAAAGCCUCUUACAAGUUCAUGUUUUAAUCAAUUGCUUGAAUCAAAGUAUGUGGCAGUUUGGCAGCUUGCCCUUUGCUGCAUUGCUAUAGCUGCAAUAAUAGCAAUAAUGGUAUCAUGAAAAUACAAAAAGGCUGCUUUGCACCUUGUCAGCCCACGGCAAUGAAUAACCAGGAUGACCUUAAUUUGUUUUCUAUCAGAUGUGUUGGCCCUCAACCUUCAGUAGCAUCCAAGAUGUGGGCAUGGGAGCCACAGUCCAUCUCCCCACGCUAAGCAUCAGCCUCCCUAAUUAGUGUGUGUGCAUCCCAGCAGCUGCUGCUCUGGUCAGGGUCACACGAGGGCUUCACCCUGUGCAGUUUCUGCUCUGUGCAGGAUGGAUGCUGAGCCCUGCAGCCAGGACAGAGCAGGACAGACCCCACUGUGGUGGUCCCAGGGCUCUUUGCAGGAGGCUGCAGUGGCCAAAUUGAAGCGAGCUCAGCAUUGUGAGGAUGGAGGGGGGUUUCAAAGGCCUGGAAACAGCUGCGUUCAGAAAUAGAUCAGAGCAGCACUUCCAUCCAAAAGGGGAAAAUAGUAAAAAGUGGCUUCAAAAUAGCACUGUCCGUGAUAUCCCACUUGUGCACGCUUUUAAUGAGGCUGGUGCUGGUCUGAACGGGAGAAUGGCCUCAAUUCCAUUAUAGCUCUCUUAAUGAGGGCAUUAUUAUCGUUGUUGGGAAAUGUGGAAUGCAGCAGAUGCACGGUGUUAAAUAAUGAACAAGAGGCUCAGCCUGAGCCAGGAGAACUGAUGGUGCCCUGCUGGGGACGAGGGGGCCCUCAGAUGGACACUGCAAGGAGGUGCUCUGUGUUCAUCCCUGCAGAGCAGAAGCGUGGAGGUGUUUGUGCUGCUGGGUGCUUGGAUUCUGCUGAGAAAGGGCUCCUGGGCUCCUGCUUGGUCGCUGCCAUGGGGCUCUCAUCCCUCAGUCUGUCCUCAGGGCAGAUAGCUCACAUCUAUGCCUUCUAUCACUCUUGUAGGUUUCAGCAGUGUGCACCUUUGGCAAGGUCUGGCCCAAGCCUAGCUGAGUCUCUGUACCACCACUGCCUCCCCCUGCCCUGCUAUGAGUCACUUCCAAAGCACGCUUUUAGUUCAUGAAUGCAGAGAUGCAUUCAAAUGAACCUCAGUAAAAUGGCAGCGCUGAUAAAAGCAGCCCCCAUCCUCCACCCACUCCGUGCCCCAGUUGCUCAGGUUCAUUUCUGUCUUUGAAUCAGGCAGAGGGAAGCUCCAGUUUUCUGCCAAAUCACGUCUGGGUCCCAAAGGGAGCCUGGAGCAGACACACACUUGUUGUUGUGCAGGGACACUGUGGGGUGCAACUAAAAGCAAUGAAUUGCUAUGGGGCAGUGGCUUUGGGGGGGGUACAUUGGCACGUAGAGUGCAGUCCUACACAGCCUGAAGGAGUGCAUUUGUGCUGGUGAUGCCCCAACUUUGGGAUGCAUUGUACAGAACAAGACCAAGCGGGUACUGAAUGACAUAAGGUUUUUUAGCACCGAUGAGUUGGAGGUGGUGAUCACGGGAUGUUAUUCCAGGAGGAAAAAUCAAAUGGAAAUGGAGGAUAAAUACGCAAGAACUGAAGCAAAGCAACUUCUGAGGAGACCAAAACCACCACUGGGAUAAAUCCUUAUAAAACAGAGCUGAAGAGCCAGCUGAUGACGUGCUCUUUCUUAGUGAAUUUACUCAGGGGCAAUGAGGCACAGCUGAUGAGCAGGGCAAUAUAAAUCAGUAAAGCAUCUAAUACAGCCCAGCUGCACUGACAUGAGCAGAAAGCUCCAGCAAGCUGUUCAAUCAUUUCCACAAGACAAGCAGUCAGGCCCUUCUUUACCACUAGAAAGCAACAUUUUGCUAAAAGUCAUCUUUAUUUUGAAUGUUAUCCUCAGCAUCGCAUUGGUGGCCGCUUAACAGUGAGUGCCUGAAAGCAAGAAGGCAAAAUCAGCAGGAGCACAGCUGGGAAGUGCUGAGCAUUUCUGUGGGGUCUCAGGUACAGGGAGUGUGGGCUGUGGGGCUGUUGGGUUCUGCCUGCAGGCUUUGUGAUAAUGGGAACAGGGACUGUGGGAGUUCCUGCUGGCUUUCACCUUCAUCAUCAGCUCUAAAUCAGUGUUAGUUGUGGUGGUGGUGAUCUAAGAGCACAGGCAAAUUAAGGUUUAGAGUGAAAAACAAAUCAUAUAGCAAAAUGCACAGCUUUUAUUUUUGUUUUAUCAGAGCAUCCAAUGCAGUUAGGACAUGGGUAAGCUUUUGGGUAGAGAGGCCCCAAAGGGCUUCUCUGGGUCUGAAACAGACACAAAAAGCUUCAAGCAAGAUUCAGGCAGGGAAAAAAAAAAUAUUCUGCUUCAGUUUAACAUAAUUAUGGCAACAAAUUAGAGAGUUAGGAGGAAAAUCUAGCAGUAAGCACCUGUGAGAUCAGCUGUUAUAAACUUUGUGUAUCGUUUCAAAUCUGGGAUGUUGGAAUCCUGCUACAGCCGUCACCCGAUUUCCCAGUAUUUAAAAUGCAUUUGUUGUUUUGGAAGGGACAAAUUGGAACUGGCCCUUGGCAGAUCUGCCUGUGGGGGUUUUGCACAGCCUGUUGUUUGUGUGGGGCAGCGCCCAGCUUGGCUACUUCUGUUCUGAGAACAGCAUCUCUGUGUCCGUCCCAUUUCCGAAGCAAGCACAAUCAGAGAUGUAUUUCAAAAGGAAUGUUAAAAAUAAACGAUUUGAAAUUCA